CCCUUCCAGCCCAGCCCCAAGUCCCCGUUCCUGAGCACGCCGCCGCUGCCGCCCCUGCCCCCGGGGGGCACGCCGCCGCCGCCGCCGCCGGCCAAGAGCAAGUCGUGCGAGUUCUGCGGCAAGACCUUCAAGUUCCAGAGCAAUCUCAUCGUGCACCGGCGCAGCCACACGGGCGAGAAGCCCUACAAGUGCCAGCUGUGCGACCACGCGUGCUCGCAGGCGAGCAAGCUCAAGCGCCACAUGAAGACGCACCUGCACAAGGCGGGCUCGCUGGCCGGCCGCUCCGACGACGGGCUCUCGGCCGCCAGCUCG